AAAAAUAUCUUCUUUAUGUAUAUAUAGAAGUAGAGCAUCCAAUAAAUACAAAGCCGACGGGCGGGGGCGUUAUACUACUAGCUCUAGCUAAGACGCUUUCCAUAGUUUCUCGUGACCAUCUGUUUUAGUUUCCGAUGGCAAUCCCCUCUUCCUCCAUUUGCGCUGCCUCAGUCAGUAUCAUCUCCUCUUCAUCAUGUUCACAAUUGCCAUCCCUGAGUUCUUUCAUACCCAGCAGCCGUCGUAGUUCGAUGAUAAACUUUCAGAACACGCAUGGACGUUUGGCGAUUAAUUGUUCUUCGUCUGAAAUGGGUCCAACCUCAGACCCCACGAAUUCCAGGCAACCUCAGGUGUCUUCCCUAACUUCCUUAGGCAUUGCAAUGAAUGAACCCGGCAUGUCCAAAUCAUCAUAUAAAUGGCAAAGGGUAUUGCUUAAAGUUAGCGGAGAAGCACUUGCAGGAGAUCGCACACAAAAUAUUGAUCCAAAGAUUACCAUGUCGAUUGCAAGGGAGGUUGCAUCUGUGACUCGGCUUGGCAUUGAGGUUGCAAUUGUCGUUGGCGGGGGAAAUAUUUUCCGUGGAUCCUCCUGGGUUGGAAGUAGUUGUCUGGACCGUUCAUCUGCUGACCACAUUGGGAUGUUGGCAACUGUUAUGAAUGCUAUAUUCCUGCAAGCAACAAUGGAAAGUAUUGGCAUUCCGACACGGGUCCAGACUGCAUUUCGCAUGUCUGAAGUUGCUGAACCAUAUAUACGUAGAAGGGCCAUCAGGCAUUUGGAGAAAGGAAGGGUUGUGAUUUUUGCUGCUGGAACUGGAAAUCCAUUUUUCACCACCGAUACCGCUGCAGCUCUUCGUUGUGCGGAAAUAAAUGCAGAGGUGGUGUUAAAAGCUACAAAUGUUGAUGGGGUUUAUGAUGGUGACCCCAGGCGUAACCCAAAUGCUCAUCUGCUUGAUACUUUGAGUUAUCAUGACGUGACGUCCAGAGAUCUCUCCGUGAUGGAUAUGACUGCCAUUACAUUGUGCCAAGAAAACAAUAUUCCGGUCGUUGUCUUCAACUUGACGAAACCAGGUAAUAUCUCAAGAGCAAUUAUGGGAGAGAGGGUUGGCACUUUGAUUGGAAGGACAUGCAGUUUAGCUGCGGCAAGGACAUGAACCAGAUGGCGAAACCACCAUAAAGAUUGGUCGUGGUUCUAAUGGGCUUUCAGAUUGAAUUUGAGGGUAUAUGUGAAAAAACAAAUAUUAAGUCAAAAAGCAUGUCAUUUCAGUCAAAGCUAGUUCUCUAUUUGAUCUUUUUAGUUUAGUUUAGUUUAGUUUUUUAUUUUUUAUUUUUUAUUUUAUUUUUUUGUGUGCUACACAUCUUUGCCAUUGAUGUCAAUUGAAAUUAAAUACAUAAAAUGGUAUGGAGGGGUACAUUGUUGGGAGGUC